CCAGGUGGAAGCAAGCCGAAAGUUCUAGAUUUGAUGGAGAUUAUUUCCCACGGAGCGCCAGUUUAGCAAGAGUAAAGUUUCUGGUGACCCCAUUAAUUCGCGGUCUCACCAAAGACAAGCCUCGGUUUCCAGCCGCGUUCGUUCUCGGAGCCCCGCACCCUCAAGUCCAGUUUCGCCAACCGCAGAGGCAGAAAGGAACCGGACACCUCGCGGGGAAAAAGAAAAACCGGAAAGUGGUACAACUAAGACAAAAACCUUCGGGGAAGAGACAAACGUCACCUCGGCCAGCGAAGAUCUGGGGCUCCAAUCCUCCUUCCGGAGACUCGGGGUACCCGGGUUCACGCGGGCGACAGCCGAAGACAGCUCCCCGCGCAGCUCCCCGGCCCCCAGCCGCGCCCCGCCGAGCUCUGACCUCCAAAGCGGGUCCGCUGGGCAAUCCCGCCCCUUAGGCUUACGUCCAGAUUUUUGAUUGGUGGUUAGGUGGGCCGCUCGGCACGGUUGGCCCAAUGAAAGGCCCUGCCGGUGGCCAGACUGUCCCGCCCCUGGCGGAGGGCCCGCCCUGUGCCCCGCGCCGGGGAGCGGAGAAGAGUAAAUACAACAGGAGUGCAAAAUGGCGGAGCCCCCGAGUCCGAUACGCGGCUCCGCCGCCACCGCCGCCGCCGUUUCCGUCUCGGAGAAAGAACCGCUGAGCAGGCUGCAUUCUUCUUCCCGGGAUGCACUAGGUUCCCUGUCCGCCAAGAAGGUCCGGACCGAGGAGAAGAAGACGCCGCGGAGGGUGAACGGGGAAGGGAGCAGCGGCGGCGGGAACAGCAGGCAGCCGCCAGCGGCACCUUCGCCUCAGAGCUACGGCAGCCCGGCGCCGUGGAGCCUGGCCGCCCUCUCCGCCGUCCCCUCCGCGUCCUCCUCUCGGGGCUGUGUGUCCUUCUCCCCGGGCGCGGCCGUCUCCGCCGCAGCCUCCGCUUCGCUGUCUCUGCCGGCGCCGCGCGCCCUGCUGGUGCCCCCGGGGGGAGCGAGCGCGGCGGCCGCGUGCGGCUGCCCCGAGGGGCCGGGAGGCGUCCGGUUCCCGGCCGGUGAUGAUUUUGCAGUCCCCGGGGGCGGCCGGAAAUGGAGCCUACGCGAUCACGGGAAUUUGUUUGUGACCCAGUCUGCAGCAUCCGAAAAAUCGUGUGAGAAAAUGAAAAAGAGUGAGAAGCUUAUUAGAAAACCAGUCCCCGGGAUUUUAUUGGUACGUGAUCACAUUGGUACCAUCUAUGUAGCAUGGGCAGAAAAUCUUUCAGACUCUCAGAUAGAAAGUGGGAAGGAGAAACCAAAAACAAAUGCAGAAGACUUACAAAUUAAAAAGGUAAAGAAGAAAAAGAAAAAGAAACACAAAGAAAAUGAAAAACGAAAACGUCCAAAAAUGUAUAGCAAAUCUAUUCAGACCAUCUGUUCAGGAUUACUGUCUGAUGUUGAAGAUCAAGAAACCAAAGGCAUCCUGAGUGAUACCAUAAAGGAUUGCAUUGAAAAGAAUUUGGAUACCAAGAAUUACGAUUCUAAAAUUCCAGAGAACAGUGAGUUUCCAUUUGUCUCAUUAAAGGAACCACGAGUUCAGAAUAGCCUCAAAAGGUUGGACACUUUGGAAUUUAAGCAGCUUAUUCAUAUUGAGCACCAGCCUAAUGGAGGAGCAUCAGUUAUCCAUGCCUACAGUAACGAACUCUCCCACCUGUCUCCUAUGGAGAUGGAGAGGUUUGCAGAAGAAUUUGUGGGUCUAGUGUUCAGUGAAAAUGAAAACUCUGCAGCUUUCUAUGUUAUGGGUAUUGUUCAUGGGGCAGCUACUUAUUUACCUGACUUUUUAGACUACUUUUCAUUUAAUUUUCCCAAUUCACCAGUGAAAAUGGAAAUAUUGGGAAAGAAAGAUAUAGAAACAACGACUAUGUCAAAUUUUCAUGCUCAGGUAAAAAGAACGUAUUCUCAUGGUACUUACAGAGCUGGCCCAAUGCGACAAAUAAGUUUGGUGGGAGCAGUUGAUGAAGAAGUAGGAGAUUACUUCCCUGAGUUCCUUGACAUGUUGGAAGAUUCGCCAUUUUUAAAAUGUACAUUGCCAUGGGGGACACUUUCUAGUCUACAGUUAGAGAAUCGCAAAGAUAGUGAUGAUGGUCCCAUCAUGUGGGUACGUCCAGGAGAACAAAUGAUCCCUGUGGCUGAUAUGCCAAAGUCACCCUUCAAAAGGAAAAGAACUACCAAUGAAAUAAAAAACCUUCAGUAUCUACCUCGAACCAGUGAGCCUCGGGAGAUGCUCUUUGAAGACAGGACACGAGCACAUGCAGAUCAUAUAGGACAAGGUUUUGAACGACAGACGACAGCUGCUGUUGGUGUGCUGAAGGCUGUGCACUGUGGAGACUGGCCUGAUCAACCCCGAAUAACCAAAGAUGUAAUAUGUUUUCAUGCUGAAGAUUUCUUAGAAGUAGUUCAACGAAUGCAGUUAGAUUUACAUGAACCUCCACUGUCUCAGUGUGUCCAGUGGGUUGAUGAUGCAAAACUUAAUCAACUGAGGAGGGAAGGCAUUCGCUAUGCCAGGAUUCAGCUGUAUGAUAAUGAUAUUUAUUUUAUUCCAAGGAAUGUUGUUCAUCAGUUCAAGACUGUUUCAGCUGUAUGCAGUUUAGCUUGGCAUGUUCGACUCAAAUUAUAUCAUUCUGAGGAGGAUAUGUCUCAGAAUGCAGUUACUCAUGAAACAGGCAUAUCACCAGAUCCCACAUCAUCAGUUCUUGGAACUCACACUGACAACAUAAUUUGUGCUGUAAGCAAAACCUCAUUGGAUUCUGUUCUUUCAGACAAAGUUCAUUCUAAAUAUGAUUUACAACAUCUUAAACAUGAACCAGUUGCAUCUGUGAGAAUCAAGGAAGAAGCGGUGAAUGUAACUAUUUCUGAAAAGACUAGAGCGUUGAUUAAUAUGGAUGGCAAGAAUGUUAAGGCGAAAUUGGAUCAUGUUCAAUUUACAGAAUUUAAGAUCAACGUGGAUUCUAAAUUUGAAAAUAGUAAAGAAUUAAAGGAAGAAUUGUGCCCUAGAAGUCUUACAAGUCUAGCUGACACAAGGCAACACAGCUCUAUACACUCAAAUCAAGAUAGAAAAGAUGACAUUUUGUACUAAAUUUUGUAUAUAAUAGCAUUAAUUUUUUAAAUACUGUAAUAAAGAUUCAUGAAAUCUGAAAGCAA